AUGCUGGAAAAUCCGACAUCAGCGGCAGCAGCCGCAGCAGAUCCACCGGCAAACGUGAAGCGCUAUGCUCCUCCCAGUCAGAGGAAUCGUCCUCUUAACAGACGCAAGUCCGCAGAUCGGUUUGAUCGAACUAACAAUCCUCAAGGCGGGAGUGAUUUGGAGAGGAAUCAAAUUUCUUCUUCAAGAAGUUUAUCUGGUAUGGAUCAUGGGGAUGCAAGUAGCAGCAGUCUUCUGAAUGAGAACUCUCGUCCAGGGUUACUAGCUCUAGAGGGGUGUAGCAGCAGUGCGGCUUUCCAGCUCUUAAAUAAUCGCUGGGCUGCUGCAAUGCAUUGCUUCAAUGAUCCAUCUGUAGAUUUAUCAGAAAGACCAGUUAUGUACACAGGAGGCGGAGCAGCAUGGGGUCAGUUCCAACUUCCUCAUCAGUUAAUGGCUUCGACAGGCGGUGCUGGGUCUCCUGGUUCAUCAGUGGAUUUCUUGAGUGAACUUCGCCGCUUAAAGAACAUUUCCCCUGCCAGUUUUAGAACCUAG